AGUAAAGUAUUGCACCAUAAUUUAUUAUAGACAAAACACACGAUUUAUAAAUAAUUUCUAAAACAUUCUUCAUUAAAGUUCGUUGAUGAUAUUUCAUUAAACCCACAAUAGAAGAUGUCUUAACACUGGCUUUAUUUACAUGAGAAUUCCAUGCAAGAUCAAGUGCAAUUGUUCAGCCUAAAUACUUAACUUCCUCAUGUUCUCUGAUCGAUGAGCCGUGUAAUCGAAGAGGUGGUAAUGUUACUGCUGUAUUGCGAUUAUACCUGUUAGAAAAAGUUAUUGAUUCACAUUUUUUGGGAUUAAGAGGUAUAUACCAUCUUUCAGACCAGUCCUGCACUUGUAUCAGAGCUUUAUUCAUAACAUUACUACAUAUCAAAGAAUUAGGAUGAUGAUAAAUGAGUAUAACAUCGUCAGCAAACUAGAGAUGUGCAACCCGUACCCGUACUCGACCCGAUCCAAAGGCUGGGUACGGGUUAGAUUUUUUUAGACUAUACCCGAGGAAAUCUAAUGUUAUUCGUUCGCUUUAGUCUCGAAGUUAUAAAUCAAAUAAGAAAAUAUAUAACAAACUGACAUAUUCAUUUUUCUGUGAGGUGCAUAUGAUGAAAUAAAUGAAUAUAUUAAAACAAAAUUCAUUUAUCCAAAAGGUGGAAAUAUUUUAACGUGGUGGAAAGAUCGUUCAAUAAUUUAUAAACAAUUGUCACGUUUAGCACUAUCAUUAUUAGCAAUUCCAGCCAGCUCAGCCACAGCUGAACGAAUAUUUAGUGAAACAGGAAGAAUAUUAGAGGCUCGAAGACAAUUAUUAAGUCCAGAAUCUGUUGAUUCUCUGAUAAAGUUACAUAUAUGUAUUGUUUUAGCACGUUUGCGUUUUCGGGUACGAGUACGGGUCGGGUACGGGUACGGGUACUACGGUGCGGGUAAAAAUGAAAUUUUCGAGUCGGGUACCGAAUUUGAUCUACAAGAAUCUCGUUAA